ACCUCUGUGAGGUAAGAGUCACCGCCUCCGUGCGCGCCGGGGUCACGACGCAAGGCGGCCCAGAGCAGCCUGGGAGAUGUAGUCCUCGGACCGUCCCCGCUGGAGGCUGCACAGCCCGCCCCGACCACCGCCGCCGCGCCCGCCGCCGCCCGGCCGGCGCCCUCCCGUUUCCUUCCUCCAGGGGGAAAAAUGUCCUUCGGGCCGCUUUCCAGGAAGCAGCAGGAUGUGCCUCUCCACUGUCAGUAGCAACAAGGGACAGCUUUGGCGGGAGGAAAGAGCUGUUGGCUAAAACGAAUGCGUCUUUUGGACGACCUGUGGCGUUCUCCAGUGCUGUGAUUGGGUGAACGCUCUGAGUUCCGGUGAAGGGAAAAGAGACGUGGCGAAAUUGCUGUCUUUCUGUCUUAUAAGCACAUCUCUCACUAAUACAGAAAAGGAACCAAGACAUCAGAAAGGCUGCGCAAACCAUGCAGGAUGAUUUACUGAUGGACAAAAGCAAAACCCAGCCCCAGCCCCAGCAGCAGCGGCAGCAGCAGCAGCAGCAGCAGCAGCAGCCCCAGCCCGAACCCAGCGCAGCCGAAGCCCCGUCCACGCCCCUCUCCUCAGAGACCCCCAAGCCGGAGGACAGUAGCGCAGUGCCGGCCCUCAGUCCCGCCGCGGCCCCGCCGGCCCCCAACGGUCCUGACAAGAUGCAGAUGGAAUCGCCGCUCCUGCCGGGCUUGAGUUUCCACCAGCCCCCUCAGCAGCCGCCGCCGCCGCAGGAGCCCGCGGCGCCGGGCGCGUCGCUGUCGCCGUCCUUCGGCAGCACCUGGUCCACGGGCACCACGAACGCGGUGGAGGACAGCUUCUUCCAGGGGAUCACCCCAGUCAACGGGACCAUGCUCUUCCAGAACUUCCCGCACCACGUCAACCCAGUCUUCGGAGGCACUUUCUCUCCGCAGAUCGGCCUGGCGCAGACCCAGCACCACCAGCAGCCGCCGCCGCCGGCGCCGCAGCCCGCGCAACCCGCGCAGCCCCCGCAGGCACAACCCCCGCAGCAGCGCCGCUCGCCCGCCAGCCCCAGCCAGGCGCCCUACACGCAGAGAAGUGCUGCCGCGGCGUACGGCCACCAGCCCAUCAUGACCAGCAAGCCGUCCUCGUCCUCGGCUGCAGUAGCCGCCGCAGCCGCAGCCGCCGCUUCGUCCGCCUCGUCCAGCUGGAACACGCACCAGAGUGUGAACGCCGCCUGGAGCGCGCCAUCCAACCCGUGGGGCGGCCUGCCGGCUGGCCGGGACCCUCGCCGGGCGGUCGGCGUGGGCGUGGGCGUGGGUGUCGGGGUGCCCUCACCGCUCAACCCCAUCUCGCCGCUCAAAAAGCCCUUCUCCAGCAAUGUGAUCGCGCCGCCCAAGUUCCCCCGCGCGGCCCCGCUCACCUCCAAGUCCUGGAUGGAGGAUAACGCUUUCCGGACGGAUAAUGGUAACAAUCUGUUGCCAUUUCAGGACCGGAGUAGGCCCUAUGACACUUUUAACUUGCACUCGUUGGAGAACUCCUUAAUGGAUAUGAUAAGGACUGAUCAUGAGCCUCUGAAAGGUAAACACUACCCUCCCAGUGGCCCACCAAUGAGUUUCGCUGAUAUAAUGUGGAGGAAUCAUUUUGCAGGACGCAUGGGAAUAAAUUUCCAUCAUCCAGGAACAGAUAAUAUUAUGGCACUUAACACCAGGAGCUAUGGGCGGAGACGAGGUCGGUCUUCUCUCUUUCCCUUUGAAGAUGCCUUCCUGGAUGACAGUCAUGGCGAUCAAUCCUUGUCAUCUGGCUUAAGUUCUCCCACUCGCUGUCAAAAUGGAGAACGAGUAGAACGUUACUCCAGAAAGGUGUUUGUUGGAGGCCUUCCUCCUGAUAUCGAUGAAGAUGAGAUCACUGCCAGCUUUCGCAGGUUUGGACCUCUCGUUGUAGACUGGCCUCACAAAGCUGAAAGCAAGUCGUAUUUUCCUCCUAAAGGCUAUGCCUUUCUGCUGUUCCAGGAGGAGAGCUCAGUGCAAGCGUUGAUAGAUGCCUGCCUGGAAGAAGACGGGAAACUGUACCUGUGUGUGUCAAGCCCCACCAUCAAGGAUAAGCCAGUGCAAAUUCGACCAUGGAACCUAAGUGACAGUGACUUUGUAAUGGAUGGUUCUCAGCCUUUGGACCCCAGAAAAACUAUCUUUGUUGGGGGAGUUCCACGACCCCUUCGAGCUGUUGAAUUGGCAAUGAUCAUGGACCGUUUGUAUGGUGGUGUCUGCUAUGCUGGCAUCGAUACGGACCCAGAGCUGAAGUACCCCAAAGGUGCUGGCCGCGUGGCGUUCUCCAAUCAGCAGAGUUACAUUGCAGCCAUCAGCGCUCGCUUUGUGCAGCUCCAACACAAUGACAUUGACAAACGGGUGGAAGUGAAGCCAUACGUGCUGGAUGAUCAGAUGUGUGAUGAGUGCCAGGGCACGCGCUGUGGUGGGAAGUUUGCCCCGUUCUUCUGUGCCAACGUCACCUGUCUGCAGUAUUACUGCGAAUACUGCUGGGCGAGCAUACACUCCCGCGCCGGGCGGGAGUUCCACAAACCACUGGUGAAGGAGGGAGGCGACCGCCCUCGGCACGUCCCGUUCCGCUGGAGCUGAGCCCAGGGCAGACCCAGCCACAAGUACUGGAGUAGAUAACAAGGAGGGAAAAGAGAGGGCACUGCCUCAGGGCUUACAGUGUUCUGGAAAUCUGUGCAUUCGUUCUCGAUUUUUAAAGAAGAAAUGGGUCUUUUUAUUAUUACUAUUAUUUACAGUCAUAUUACUGAACUCAGUGUCCAGUAUAAUGCAGAAUUGCAGAGUGUAUAACGGUACUGAUUUGCACUUUGAUUCACA